AUGGCCGCCCGCACUACCCUCGCCGUCGCGUCCCUGGCGCUGCUGGUGGCCUGCGCCGCCGCCGCCGCCCCCGCAGCCGUCGGCGCGGUCAACGCCCUGAACCCGGAGACCUCUGCGGCCCUCGCCAAGGUGCUGACCUCCAACGGCGUCGUGUUCAUUGCCCAGUUCAAGCUGCUGCCCGGUGUUGACGUUGAUAAGUUCAUCAAGACGCGCGAGGCCGUCAUUGCCAAGUCCAAGGCUGACCUGAAGUUCCCUUACAGCGUUCUGUACGUCAAGGGUGCUGCCCCCAAGACCGAGACUCUGGCCCAGGGCCCCGCCAACCUGCAGUACUACGAUGUCGCAGCCAUUGCCUCCUACCCGACCCUCAAGGACUACACCGCUGCUAACGCCUGGAUUGGCAAGAGCGCUGAGUACCAGGCAACCACCAAGCAGGUCAAGGAGGUCGUGCGCACUGUCAACGUCGUCUCCUAA